CCCAAAAAAAAAAAAAAAAUUUUGUACCUUUUCAUGUUGGAGCCAUAUUUGACCCAAAACACCAGUACCCAACCACCCAGUUUGCCACGACAGUGGAGGAAGUCACUUUCUCUUUAAUAAAGCCGAAGGCUCCACCUCAACCAUAUGCUCCGGUUGCCCACAACGACAUGACACGACGCCGUUUUCGCGUAGUGCAAACGCUGUAUCCUCUUUUAUCAAAUCACGCAUCUCUUCGCUCCUCAAAAGCACAAAUAUCAAACCAGCAACAGAGUCUUACAUGGAAUUAGAGAAAAUCUCUCUCUCUCUCUCUCUCUCUCUCUCUGUGAUACUGUUCCGAUCCCCCCCAGCAAAAGAUUUUCACUUUCUCUUUCCUAGGGUUUAGCUGAACUCAGAUAGCUUCAUAUUCAAGCUCAAUUGUCCAGCUCCAAUGUCUUUAGAUUCAAAUGCUUACUAUGGCACCCUACCAUCAACCACCGCCACCAGCACCGCCGCACCCUCAACGUUCUUUCGUGCCAGAGAAACGACCCAGUCCUUCUUCGCUAAGCGCCGCCCAUGGCUCGAGCUCGUCCAGCCCUUCUACAACUUCACGCGCCCCUACACCUUCAGCGACGCCACAAUCCGAAUCAAGCGCAACCUCAGCUACUUCCGCGUCAACUACACCAUGGUCGUCCUCUUCAUCCUCUUCCUCAGUCUGCUGUGGCACCCAGUCUCCUUAAUCGUAUUUCUCCUCGUCUUCGUCGCCUGGUUCUUCCUCUACUUCUUCCGCGACAACCCACUCGUCAUUUUCAACCAUAUCGUCGACGACCGUAUCGUUUUGGGCGUGCUUGGCGUCGUCACCAUCGUCGCUCUGAUUUUCACGCACGUGUGGUUGAACGUGUUGGUCUCUGUUCUAAUUGGGGUCGCAAUUGUUGCGUUACACGCAGCUUUUAGGGGUACGGAGGAUUUGUAUAACGACGAGCAAGAAGCUGCCGAAGGUGGGUUGCUUUCGGUUGUGGGCAGUCCCACGCGACCUAGAUGUUUCAGAGUGCUAUAAGACCCAUUUGUGUGGACUUUGAAGGCUGGAUGGGGGAGCCAAAGCAUGUUUUCCCUCACAAUUUUUGUAGAUUUGAGAUGAUACAGAGGAGAGAUGCAGCGCUUUUGGUUUGGGCCAUGUGAGGAUAAAGUCUUUGAAUUGAUUAUUGGAAAGGAAAAAGCAGGAAUUAUAGCAGCCAUGGUCCAUGCAAAGCCAACGCCUUUUAUCACAAUGGGUUUCUGAAGAUCUUAAUCUAUGGCUGGUUUGCACAUGAGCUUUCUUUCAGAAUCCCGUUUGGUUGGAGUUUUGAUUCAAUAAUACAUAUUUCAAUUUUGUUUCAUAUUAUUUUGGAAUUGGUUGGUAGGGGAUGAGAUGACUAGGCAACUAGGCAUUUACCGGAUGACCUCUGGUUCCUGUGACUUUCUUUGAUAUACUGACAGGCAGUGUUUGAUAUUUGAAUAAAUCUGAAUGGAAUAAUGGCAUGUAAAUCUUGCUAUUA